AUGUGUGUACCCGAGUGCAGUUACUUCGUGCUGAACUCGUCCUCGGGCCAGGUCGAGGAGGAGCCGUGCGUCGAGUGGGACUUCGACAACUCCACCUUCAGCUCCACCGUUGGCACUGAGGUAAUCUUUGAUUCAGACCGUUUGGUAAGCGGUGUUGGUGCCUGUGACUUGGCGGUGACAAAGUUCCAGCUUGCCUGCGGUUGGGAGUACCUUCGCUCGACGUACCAAAGCAUCUACAUGUUCGGCGUCACGAUCGGGGCGCCGUUCAACGGGGUUCUGGCCGACAGGUACGGGCGUAAGAUGACCGUGGCCGCAUGGAGGUCGCGGAUCCCAAGUGGCGCACGCAUAUCGGCAUUGUAUUGUUUCUGCCAUGGGCGCUUGGUCUCAUGGCGUGGGGCGGGUUCGCUUACCUCGUCCGGGAAUGGCGGAUGCUCAGCUGACCGUGUCUUUGCUGUGUCUGGCCUUCUUGCCUACUCUGUGGUUCAUGGACGAGUCGCCUCGGUGGCUGGCCGUGAGGGGGCAGCACCGGCGCGCCCUCCGAGUGCUGCAGAGGGCCGCCAGGUGGAACGGGGUCGCCCUCCCCCCGAGGACGAGCUUCUGCUCCUGCUCAAGGACGGAGUCAAGGACGAGGCAAUGGUACGCCCGCACCAAGACGCCCGCGCCCACACCGCGAGAGGCUGGUUCAGAAGGCGUUUGGAUGAAGCAUUUAUUCUUUUCAGAACCCCCCGCCUUCGCACCAUCACCCUCAGCCUGUACACCAACUACCUACUGGUGGGUGCUGUGUACUUCGGCCUCUCGCUCAGCGGCGGCGACCUGAGCUCCGACCCGUUCCUGUACAUGGUGCUGACGGGGGUCGUGGAGCUGCCGGCCUACACGCUGGUCAUCCCCCUGGUGGCUCGCUACGGCAGGAGGGCUCCCGUUGUCGCCUUCUUCUUCAUGGGCGCCGUGGCUCUUCUCGCACUGCCCUUCGUGCCCACGGGUAGUGGGGAAUCGAUGACCUUAGCGCUUAUGGGGAAGAUGAGUAUCGCUUCGGCCUUCCAGAUCCUCGACUUUUACUCCUCAGAGCUCUUUCCCACCGAGGUUAGGACGAGGGGCAUGAGCACAGCCCUUGUCAUGUCAAGGGUGGGGUCUACUUGUUCGCCUUUCAUCACGGACUACUUGCAAGAUAUGACAGUCUUCUUGCUUUUUGUUUAA